ACGUCAGUUGCGAACGGUAUGCCGCCUCGAGUAGUUGUUUUCGGUUGUUUUAGUUGUUUGUUACGAAAAUCAUUCGGACAGACGCCUGAUUUUAUUCUGAAUAUCAAAUUAUUUUAGUGAAGUUACAUUAGUGAUUCAUUGACGUAUGUAAUAAAAGUUGAUUUGUUUGUGCCAUUUUAGUGUUAUAAGACGGUGAUUGUUCUGAGUUCUAAUUUAUCUUUGACACCAUUCUAGUCGUGUUUACUGUUUGUGAUUUACUGGUAAAAGCGUAAAGCAUAUGUUGGAAUUUUAACAAAUCAAGAAUCAGUAGUGCGGUAGUCGAUGAAGGCCGGUUCCAUCCCAUGGCCGGCGACAAUGCUAAGUACUCUCAGAAACAACUUAACGCACUAAGAUCGCCGCCACUCUCAACUACAAGACUUAAACCGUGAUCUAACGCAAAAUUAAAAUAAUCGCCUUAUAUAUGAAAUUACUCGCGGUUUCAAUCGUAACACAUUAUUUUGUAGUAAUAUUUUAAAAUAUACAUGUACAAAGAAAAUAUUUAUAUUUUUAUACUGAAAACUAUAGUGUCUUUCCUCUUAAAUAGUUUUUACUUAAACGGCAUAAAUACGUUGAUUUAUAUUAAUUUAAUGUUUCAUAAUAUUUCUUAUGAUGUCGGGAUAUAAUUAAAGUGUCGACAUUAAUUAAAGUGACCUUAAUCUCGAGCCUACACAAUGUUAAUUUUAAUAAAAUAUAUACAAAGAUAAAAUCUUUUAAAUUAUAUAAAGUGCCUAAACCAAAAAUUUAUCAUACGGGAAUAUUUAAUUUUAUUGAAUAUAUAAAAUAUAUUUAUAAGAUAAGAUGGGAAGAGGAAACAGCAAAACUCAUGGAACUGAAACCGAACGUAGAAUCAGGGCCAAUGACAGAGAAUAUAAUUCUCAAUUUAAAUAUGCGAAUAAUAUCAUCAAAACAUCUAAGUACAGCAUUUUUACAUUCCUGCCUCUCAAUCUAUUGGAGCAGUUCCAGCGCCUGGCCAACUUUUAUUUUCUUGUUCUCCUCGUGCUGCAGCUGGUACCCGCCAUCAGCAGUUUGACGCCGGUCACUACGGCUAUGCCUUUGUUCGGAGUGCUCGCACUGACCGCCGUUAAAGAUGCAUACGAUGAUUUUCAAAGGCAUAUGUCCGAUUCGCAAGUGAACAAGCGAAGAUCGAAGACGCUGCGCAACGGCAAACUGGUAGAGGAGCGAUGGUCGGGCGUCCAGGUCGGUGAUGUCAUACGAAUGGACAACGACCAGUUCGUGGCGGCAGACAUUCUGCUGCUGACGACCAGCGAACCUAACGGAUUGUGCUUCAUUGAAACAGCAGAACUUGACGGAGAAACAAACUUAAAAUGUAGGCAGUGUAUUCCGGAAACUGCAGAAAUGGGGCAACGGAAUGAUCUUCUAGGACAAUUUAACGGAGAAAUCGUUUGUGAAACACCUAAUAACUUACUUAAUAAAUUUGAAGGUGCUUUGACGUGGAAAGGCAAACGAUAUUCUUUGGAUAAUGAAAAGAUCCUGCUUCGUGGCUGUGUUUUGAGAAAUACUCAAUGGUGUUAUGGUGUUGUUAUUUUUGCUGGAAAAGAUACAAAAUUGAUGCAAAAUUCUGGAAAAACGAAAUUAAAAAGAACUAGUAUAGAUAAAUUAUUAAAUUUCUUAAUUAUUGGUAUUGUAUAUUUCUUAAUUUCUAUGUGCAUAUUUUGUAUGGUUGGAUGUGGAAUCUGGGAAGGACUUGUUGGUCGAGAUUUUCAGGUUUAUUUACCAUGGGAUUCUAUUGUACCAAGAGAACCUUUAACCGGAUCAACUGUUAUAGCAUUUCUAGUAUUUUUCAGUUAUGCAAUAGUGUUAAAUACUGUAGUGCCGAUAUCAUUGUACGUUUCUGUAGAAGUUAUUAGAUUUGUACAAAGUUUUCUUAUCAACUGGGAUGAAAAAAUGUAUUAUGAGAAGACGAAAACAUCUGCUAAAGCUAGAACGACAACACUCAAUGAAGAAUUAGGCCAAAUUCAAUAUAUUUUCUCUGAUAAAACUGGAACAUUGACUCAAAACAUCAUGACGUUCAAUAAGUGCUCAAUAGCUGGAAUUUCAUAUGGAGACGCUAUAGAUCUGAAAACUGGUGAAAUUAUGGAGCUUUCAGAAAAAGCAAAGUAUCAAAAUUUGAACGAAACAACAUCAUCUGUCGAGGAGUAUCAGCCAAAAUCGAAUAAUCAUCAUCACGACCACGCAAAUGUUGUCGUUAUAAAUCCCAGAGCGCGAACAGUUUCUGGUUCUGAUAGUGUAUUCAAUGCACAGACCUCAUACGUCGAUGAGUCUCAGACCACUUCGUGCUACCCAAAAAAUGGAAGGAGUCACAGUAGUCACACAGCGCUAUUAUUCACCGAGCACCCCGUGGGGAGGAGCACUCCGGAACCGCGGUUGCCGCGAGCCAGGAGCCCUUCACACCCUACCACGGAUCCAAUCGAUUUCAGUUUUAAUUCGGAAUAUGAACCUGAAUUUAAAUUUUACGAUCAGACACUCUUAGAAUCAGUGAAUAACAACAAUGUACAUACACAUAAUUUCUUUCGACUUCUUGCACUUUGCCAUACUGUAAUGCCAGCAGAGAAGAAUGGUCGAUUGGAGUACCAGGCUCAAAGUCCAGACGAAUCAGCCUUGGUAUCGGCAGCUAGAAAUUUUGGAUUCGUGUUUAGGGAAAGAAGUCCUAAUACGAUAACCAUCGAAGUUAUGGGUAAAGUUGAGGAAUACGAGUUAUUGUGUAUAUUGGACUUCAAUAAUGUGAGAAAACGAAUGUCAGUUGUUGUAAAAAGAGACGGUCAUUUAAUGUUACUUUGUAAAGGAGCCGAUAAUGUUAUUUAUGAAAGAUUAGCUAAAGGUCAAAUCGAGAUCAAGACGAAAACGCAAGAACAUUUAAAUAAAUUUGCUGGUGAGGGUUUACGAACACUCUGUUUAGCAAGUAGAGAGAUUGACGAACAAUUCUUUCUGAACUGGAAAAUACGACAACAAGAAGCCGCGCUCUCUAUGGAUUCGAGAGAUGAUAAACUUGAUGCUAUUUAUGAAGAAAUUGAAACUGAUCUUGUUCUCUUAGGUGUUACAGCAAUUGAAGAUAAAUUACAAGAUGGUGUACCAGAAACAAUAGCAAAUUUAGGCUUAGCUGGAAUAAAAAUUUGGGUUCUGACGGGUGAUAAACAAGAAACUGCCAUAAAUAUCGGUUAUUCUUGUCAGCUUCUAACUGAUGAUUUAAUAGACUUGUUCAUAGUUGAUGGUGAAACACAUCAGGAAGUAGAAAAACAAUUAGACAAAUUUAAAGAAUCAAUACGGAUAGUUAACACAUAUCAUCCACAUGCACAAGCGAAUGGAGCAAACAAUGGUAUGAGUUCAAUGGCGCUGCCUCACAAAGAACCAACACGAGCAAGAACGGAAAGUCUAUCAACACCUACCGAAGUUGGUCGGCCACCACCAGCUAUAUCAGUUGUCACAUUUAGGUGGCGAAAGCUUGGAAAUGAUGAAUUAACAUUAGCAGACAGCACCGACACCGAUUACGAAGGUGCCACUGCUGGUGGGGCAACCAGCGCUCACAAUAACAGUUCAGAAGAGUCUUCAGAAUUUGCAAUUGUGAUAAAUGGACAUUCCUUGGUGCAUUGUUUGGAUCCAUCUCUUGAGAAAAGAUUUAUUGAAAUCGCAUCACAGUGCAAGAGCGUUAUAUGCUGCCGUGUUACACCUCUACAAAAAGCACUGGUUGUUGAACUCAUCAAGAGAACAAAGAAUGCAGUUACUUUGGCCAUAGGGGAUGGUGCCAACGAUGUAUCUAUGAUUAAAGCUGCGCACAUUGGUGUGGGUAUCUCUGGCCAAGAAGGCAUGCAAGCUGUUUUAGCAAGUGAUUAUUCAAUAGCACAAUUCAGAUUCUUAGAAAGAUUAUUAUUAGUUCAUGGCCGAUGGUCAUAUUAUCGAAUGUGCAAAUUUCUCAGGUAUUUUUUCUAUAAAAAUUUUGCAUUCACUUUAUGCCAUAUCUGGUUUGCUUUCUUCUGUGGAUUUAGUGCGCAAACUGUAUUUGAUGAAAUGUAUAUAUCGGUCUAUAACUUAUUUUAUACUUCGCUGCCAGUACUAGCUCUUGGUAUAUUUGAUCAAGAUGUUUCGGAUAAAAAUGCAAUAAUAUUUCCUAAGUUAUAUACUCCAGGACUGACAAGUGCAUUAUUUAAUAAAUCGGAAUUUAUGAAGAGUGCUCUACAGGGAUGCUUUUCAUCACUUCUUCUCUUUUUAAUACCUUAUGGAACAUACAAGGAUGGUGUUUCACCCAGUGGUUUAAUUCUUAGUGACCAUAUGCUAUUAGGAAGUGUGGUUGCUUCAAUAUUAGUGAUAGAAAAUACUGCACAGAUUGCCUUGGAUACAUCAUAUUGGACAGUGUUCAAUCAUAUUACUACCUGGGGUUCUUUGUUAUCAUAUUUUAUUUUAGAUUUCUUUUAUAAUUAUGUUAUUGGAGGUCCAUAUGUAGGUUCUUUAACGCAAGCUAUGCAAGAAUCACAAUUUUGGUUCACUACACUUUUAACAGUAAUAUCAACCACUGUACCUGUUCUAGCUUGGCGAUUCUACUUUGUUGAUGUUUUUCCUAAUUUAACAGAAAAGAUAAGAAUGAAGCAAAGAUUAGCACAAAUAAAAUCAAGACACAGUACAGAUGUGCUGAGAACGCCUUCUGCAAGAAAAGUAAGAAGAUCUAUUCGAUCAGGGUAUGCAUUCGCACACCAAGAAGGAUUUGGACGACUAAUUACUUCUGGUAAAAUAAUGAAGAAAUUACCAUCUGAUUUUGGUUUUCCGACGCUGAGUGGUAGAAAAGGCAAUACAAAUUCACCUAAAGAACCUAGAGCACCAUGUCAAGAUCUCGAUACAAUAAACUUGUGAAUAUUAGAAGGUAUAGUGCAAUGUGUAAAUAUGUGCAAGAUAUUUCUACAUAUAUAUAAUUUUUGUAUGAAUUUU